AUGAGCUGGGCCCAAGCCAUCCUGCUGGCCCGGGGCCUCUCUCGGGGCUGGGGGGGCAUCUGCAGCACUGCCCUCACAGGAGCCCCCUUCUCUCAGGUGCCACCCCAGGCCCCACGGGGCCUCCGCUGCAGUGCAGCCGCCCACAACCCUGACUCGUCGCUGGUCCCACGCCCACCCGAGCCCCCCAGGCGGCCCGUCAAGGCCCUGGCAGUCCACGAGGAGCUGUUUAGGCCGGCGCUGGAUGGAACACGAGACAAGGCGAACUUCGUGCAGGCGGUGCAGAACUUCGCCCAGUACAACGUGCACAAGCGCGGCCACGUGGACUUCAUCUACCUGGCCCUGCGCAAGAUGCGAGAGUACGGCGUCGAGAGGGACCUGUCUGUCUACAACCUGCUCCUUGAUGUCUUCCCCAAGGAGGUCUUCCGGCCUCGCAACAUCUUCCACAGCAUCUUCCUCCACUACCCACGGCAGCAGGAGUGCGGGAUUGCAGUCCUGGAGCAGAUGGAGAACCACGGGGUGAUGCCCAACAACGAGACGGAGUUCCUGCUCAUGCAGAUAUUUGGCCGCAAAAGCUAUCCCAUGCUCAAGCUGGUGCGCAUGAAACUGUGGUUCACCCGCUUCAAGAAUAUCAACCCUUUCCCCGUGCCCCGGGACCUGCCCCAGGACCCUGUAGACCUGGCCAGUUUGGCCCUGCGGCACAUGGAGCCUGAUCUCAGCGCCAGGGUCACCACCUACCAGAUGCCUUUGCCGAAAGACUCCCCUGACACAAUGGAUCCUACAGAGACCCAUAUCGUAGGGAUCCAGAGUCCUGAGCAGCAGAGCGCCCUGGCCCGCCACGACCCAGCCCGCCCAAUCUUCGUUGAGGGCCCCUUCUCCCUGUGGCUUCGAGACAAAUGUGUCUACUACCACAUCCUCAGAGCUGACUUGCUGCCCCCUGAGGAACGGGAAGUGGAGGAGAUUCCAGAGGAGUGGAACCUCUACUACCCGAUGCAGCUAGACCUGGCCUACGGGAGGAGCGGCUGGGAUGACUACGAGUUUGACAUUGAUGAAGUGGAGGAAGGGCCUGUCUUUGCCAUAUGCGUGGCGGGUGCCCAUGACCAGGCCACGCUGGCCAAGUGGAUCCAGGGCCUUCAGGAGACCAACCCAGCCCUGGCCCGGAUCCCGGUGGUCUUCCGCCUGUCAGGGUCCUCCGGGGAGCUCCUGGCAUCCUCCUCAGAGCUGGAGGAGCCACCCCCGCCCCCACCCGAGGGCCAGGAAGAAGAAGAAGACAGUCAGCAGCGACAACAGAAGGGCCAGAGCUGA